AUGAAGGAAGCUGCUGUUGAAAAAGAUGUUGAGACAAUUGUCACAACAUCUGAGUCUUCUGAUGAAGAAACUAGAACUGCUCAAGAGGGUACUUCUGCUGAUGAAGAGGAUACUCAGUCUGAAGAGAGUAACCAGUCUAUACCCACAAAUGAAAAGGAGAAGGAAGUUGAGAAGUCUGUAGAUUCUGAGAAAGAGAAAGGAGAAGAUGUUGUUGAUGUUGAAACUUAUGAGACCACCAAACCUGCUGAAAGAUCAACUGGUGGUAUAACAAAAAGGCUGAGGAGUUGUUCAGGCAAGGCUGUGCCCACUGCAAGCAAGAAUCCUGCACCAAGAGUGAAAACAAAAGGUGUUGGACCAGUGAAAGGAUGGAGCAAAGUCUUUUCUCCCACCAGCAAGAAGAAGGAGACCCUGAAAAGGAAGAAAGAGUCAUCAAGUGACUCAGAUUAUGAUGUUGCAAAAAUCUCAUCUCCCACUCCUAAGACAAAAACUACUGCAAAGAAAGCAUCCCAAACUGUUGAAGAAGCCCCCAGUGACAACAUUUCUUUCCAUCGUGCUGCUUUUGCACUGAGAUGGGAUUACAUUUACCAGAGAAGACUAGCUGUAGAGAGGGAAUUGACCAAAGAUGCCCUGAAAUGUCAAGACAUCUUGGACUAUAUCAAGGAAGCUGGUCUGCUGAAGACUGUUUGUGAUUUCAGUCACUGUUAUGAGCUCCUGGUCAAAGAGUUUCUUGUCAACAUUCCUGAGGAGUGUGACAAUCCACUGAGCAAGGACUACCCCAAAGUUUAUGUCAGAGGUAAAUGUAUCAAUUUUUCUCCUGUUGUGAUCAAUAAUUACCUAGGAAGUUCUGUAGAGCCUAAGGCUGAAUUAGAGGUUGCAAAUGAUAUUGUGAGUUCUGAAAUAACUGUUGGUAAAGUCAAAGUGUGGCCCAAGAAAAAGCUGAUACCCACUAGAACCAAGGUUGACUAUGAUUAUGGUUCCUUUAUUUUUGAUCAAACCAUUAAGCAUAUCAGAUCCACUGCUAUGAAGAUGCCUAUAGCAUUUCCAUCUCUGUUAUAUGGAAUCAUCUUGGAUCAAUAUCCAGACAUCAAGGUUGUGACUGAUACUCCUAAGAAAAGGGAAUCUGCUUUCACUUUUCAUCACAAGCUAUUUGGAGAUCAUAAUGUUGCAGAUCAUGUUGGGACAUCUGCUGAUGGAGCUGGUACCAUGACCAAAAAGGAGAUCAUUGCUGCUUUAAAGAUGAUUGAAGGACUGGAAGCUGAUGAUGCACCUGUCAAAGCUAGUGCAAACGUUGCUGCUGCAGGUGAACAACAUAAUGCUGAUGAGGAUGAAGCUUAUGACACUACUACAGAUGCAGAGGAUGAUGACUCUGAAAGCAGUGAUGAUGAAUGA